GGAGUGGUCCCAUUGACAUGUCGGAGCUGUGUCCUGCGGCUGACGCAACGCUCUGGGAGUCCGGCGGCUCGCGACUCAAACAACGGGUCGACCUGUGUCUUGACCGGUCUUGAACCAAAAUGGCCGAGUUUUUCGCCCCGUUUCUUCUGACUGGGACGCUGCUGUGUGGGCUGCUGCUCCCUGCAGUGUCCCAACACGGAGCCAGGGUCGAUAAUCCCAGCGAGCGGCCCAAUUUCAUCAUCAUAGUGGCAGAUGAUAUCGGCUGGGGUGACCUGGAUGCUAACCAGCCUGAAGCGAGGGCAAACAACACGCCUUACCUCAACCUGAUGGCAGAGCAAGGACUAAAAUUAACAGACUUCCAUUCCCCGGCCUCUACCUGCUCCCCAUCCCGUGCCGCCAUCCUGACAGGCCGCUACGGCCUAAGGAACGGAGUGACGCACAACUUCGCUGUCGGCUCUGUGGCCGGUCUGCCCCUCUCUGAAGUCACGAUGCCCCAGCUGCUGCAGGAAGCGGGAUAUUACACCGCCAUGAUCGGGAAGUGGCAUCUGGGCCACAACGGACCAUACGGUCCAACUCACAGAGGUUUUGACUCCUACUUAGGUAUUCCAUACAGUAAUGACAUGGGCUGCACUGACAUACCAGGAUAUAACCUGCCCCUGUGCCCCCCCUGUGACACAUCUGGACCUCAAGUGCUCAGGUUGAAGCGAAGGGUGCAUGAAGGAUGCUAUUCCCAUGUGGGCCUUCCUCUGAUUGAAAACCGCAGUAUAGUGGAGCAGCCGCUCGACCUAUGGACACUAACGGAACGAUACAAAUCUGCUGCAAUUAGGAUUAUACAAAAUGCAAGGGAGCGCCGGCAGCCCUAUCUGCUAUUCAUAGCUUUGGCUCACAUGCACGUUCCGCUGGCUCCUCCACUCCCUCCAGACACCAACACCACCGCUAACCAACCGAAUGACUACACAGUGUACGGUGCCAGUCUGCGAGAGAUGGACGGCCUGGUGGGGGCAGUAAAGAGCACUUCGGAUGACACAGACAAGAACAACACGCUCAUCUGGUUCACUGGUGACAAUGGUCCUUGGGAACAGAAGUGCCAGUACGCAGGAAGUGUGGGACCUUUCAUAGGGAAGUGGCAGACCAGCAGAGGUGGGGGCUCGGCUAAGCGGACCACCUGGGAGGGAGGUCACAGGGUGCCGACAGUGGCCUAUUGGCCUGGAAAGAUCCCUGCAAACACCACCAGCUCUGCCCUGCUCAGUGGGAUGGACAUCUUCCCAACUCUUCUGUCUCUGGCAGGGGUAACCCCUCCCGCAGACAGACCUUACGAUGGCAUCGACGCAACAAAUAUCCUCCUGCAAGGUGAACACAGAGGUCAUGAGUUUCUUUUCCACCCUAACAGUGGCGCUGCAGGGAGGUUUGGUGACCUGCAGACGGUUCGAUCAGGGAAACACAAAGCGUUCUACAUCACAGGUGCAGCAAAGGCAUGUGGGGGUGCAACAGGGAGCCAGCAGCUCCAUGACCCACCAUUGAUAUUUGACCUAGAGCGUGACGAGGCAGAGGAAACACCCCUGGACGCCGGGACACCUGGAUACCGGGCGGUAGCAGAGAGGAUCGCCCGUGGGAGGUCGGAGCUGUUGUGGGACAUAGCCACCGACGGGUCUGUGUCUGCAGCCGACUACAGCACUGACCAAUCAGUAGCCCCCUGCUGUGACCCGGGUCGGGCUGUCUGCCGCUGCCACCCGCCUGGCUAAGGACGGGAACUCCCCCACAGAAAGAGAAGCCCACAGAUGUGAGCCAACAACAUGUGGGGACAAAUAUCAGCUCUCGGGAUGUUUGUUUGUAGAACAAGCUUCUUGGGAGGUUCAACGUGCAGAUGCAGCAGGAGACGGGUAAACAAGCAGACAGAGCAAAUAGAGGAACUCUGGCCUGUGAUUGGCCGGGUGGCGGAGAAAAGGUCUGGGUUAGGCAGCUCAUCCAUAAGGUCAAUCAUUUGAUCCAUCAAAACAUGAAACAGUUCAGACGCGCUACAGUCAACGGGUCACAUUGUUGCAAUGUUAAUCAUUAGAAAGCCACGCUGUUUGUUUAACAAAGGACUUUGCAGGCUACAAACACAUACAUUUGCUUUUUGGGGGUAUUUGAUGAGAUUUAAUAGGACAAUUUAAUAUCAUCACAACUUAAUAAAUGUUGCUUUUAACAAACCAUAAGGAGACAGUGCGGAGGUUGAAUCAUUGCUCAGCUUUAAUGAGUCUCUGUGGUAAAUGUCCAGAUCUGAACAGGUCAAUGCAGCAGAAAGGUGUCCUAACAGUGCCACCUCUUGUCAACUAAUUGUAAUACCAUGUUACUUAUUACAACAGUACUAUAUAUAAAUGUUAUAUAUAUAUAUACACAUUAUACACACAGUCAAAAUCCUCAAUAUAUAUUUAUGCAUGGUAAGUCUAUGCAUUGAUGUGUAAUACUUCAAAAUGUUUUGCAAAAGAAUAUUUCAUACAAAGUAAAAAUGAGCUGGACUUGCACGUUAACACACUGUUCAGCAUCGUGUCGUGAAUUAAAAAAAAAAGGUCUUCAGGAUAUCACUGAAAUCCACGGACGUGCACGUUUUUCGUCACUGGCAGCUCGUCAAGUUUUUCCCAAUCUAGAGUCGACCGCCACAGAGCCGACGCCUACACAUGUAUCAUCAGGCUACAUUUGUGACUCCGCAAUAGUUUUAAGUCUCAUCUGUCGCUACCAUUACAUCUGCAAGUCAUACAAUACUUACUGCACGUAUCAGGGUUUAAAUAGUGUGUCACGCUAACAGCAUCUUUUAGGUGACUCAUGUAA